UUGAGCUGUUUUUAUUAUUGUUUAAUUGUAAUUUUUGCAAUAAUUAGAUUUCUCCUCAUAUAUACUCCUUUACCAGUAUCAUUUAAAAUUUUCUUCUGCGCCUGUCGACUUCGACUUUGGAUAAGCUUGUAUUAUUAUCAAACAAAUUACAUUUAUAUUUUUCUUAUGAUGCUUCAAUAAUCACUAUCAAGUAUUAUCGAAUAAUGGUGAUCAGUAAUAUUUUUUAAAAUUACAAUUUACAGUGUCUGUCAUUCAUUUAUGUAAAUAUUAUAUUAAAUAUCGAAACAGUUAUAAGAUCAAGAUAUUGUUUUAUCAAUUACUUGUAAGUGGCUUGGUACAAUCACAUAAUAAGUUCAUGCGAAAUGUCGACAAUGGAAGGAUCAUUGAGUAAAUGGACAAAUGUUGUUAAUGGUUGGCAAUAUCGGUGGUUUGUACUUGAUGACAAUGCUGGACUUUUAUCGUAUUACACAAGUAAAGAGAAAAUGAUGCGUGGAGCUCGCCGGGGAUGUGUGAGAUUAAGAGGUGCUGUGAUAGGAAUUGACGAUGAAGAUGAUAGUACAUUCACUAUUACAACAUCUUCAUCAAAGGAUGAUCCAAAAACUUUCCAUUUCCAAACUCGUGAUGGUGAGGAACGUGAACGCUGGGUACGAGCGUUAGAAGAUACCAUCUUACGACAUUCUCACACGCGCUGGGAUCCAAAAAAAACGUUACCAAAACAUGAUUUUAAUCGCAAGGUAGCUGAAGCUGAUGCAUAUCUUCAAUUACUAAUAGAUCAAAUGAAAGUUAUAGAAAAUAAACAAAAUUCUUUAAAAGAUAUAGACGAAGAAAAAAGUCAGAGAUAUGAAACUAUUUUAAAUCAUGCGAAUGCUGUACUUAAUUCUGUCAAACAUACCAUUGUUCAGCUACAAAUUGCUAAGAAUACGGCCAUUCCUGUCAAUGGCAUAUAUCAAGGUCCCACAGACAUUACUAGUACAUCUUCAACGCAACUAUCUUUUGUUCCAGACAGAGAACCGGAGACAGUAGUAGAAACUGGCAUCGAAUUAGGUUCAGAAUGUUUAGAACCUCGAUUACCUCCCGUUCAUUCAAGUGUCAAUACUCGAAAUUUAUCAGUUCCUGAAUUUUCAUACUCUUCAUCAGAUGAAGACGAAGAUUUUUUCGAUGCUGCAGAUGAAAUUUCCAGCCCAACAGGAACUCAAAAUCAUAGUCAAAGCAUACCAAAUAAGCCUACCGAUCGCUUACAAACAAAACAGGAAACUUCUAGUCUUGGUGAAAUCCGAAAGCAGCAAUUUAAUGUCAGAGCUCCAACUAAAUUGGAUGGUUCUGUAGAUUACGAUGCACUGUACGAGGAAGAAAGCGAGCCAGAAAUGGAUUCAAUGGAGAGUCAUGGCUCAGUAAUAAGCCAUCUGCUAUCACAAGUGAAAAUUGGGAUGGACUUGACGAAAGUCGUACUACCAACAUUUAUUUUAGAACGUAGAUCAUUAUUAGAAAUGUAUGCAGAUUAUUUUGCUCAUCCCAACUUGUUUUUAAGUGUAGCAGAUAUGCCAACUCCUAAAGAUCGAAUGGUCCAGGUGGUUCGAUGGUAUUUAAGCAGUUUUCAUGCUGGUCGUAAAUCUGGUGUAGCAAAGAAACCUUACAACCCAAUAUUAGGAGAAAUUUUUAGAUGUCAUUGGAAUUUUGACAAAUCAUGUGGAGGAAAAGAGGAGCUAAACGUAACAUCAUCAACAAAUUCAUCAAAAACCAGUGAUCCUUUAAGUCCAGUACCUUGGUGUGAAGAUAAUCAACUUUGUUUCCUUGCUGAACAAGUAUCUCAUCAUCCUCCUGUGAGUGCAUUUUAUGCGGAACAUCGUGCUAAGAAAAUAAGUUUUAACGCACAUGUUUGGACUAAGAGUAAAUUUUUAGGAUUAAGUAUUGGUGUCCAUAACAUCGGUAAAGGAUGGAUAAAUGUAUUAGAGUACGGUGAAGAAUACGUUUUAACUUUCCCUAAUGGUUAUGGAAGAUCUAUAUUAACUGUUCCUUGGAUUGAACUCGGCGGAACAACAACUAUUACUUGUGCACAAACAGGUUAUCACGCUAAUGUUGAAUUUUUAACAAAACCAUUUUAUGGUGGAAAACGUAAUCGUAUUGUUUGUCAAGUAACACAACCAGGCGAGAAAAAACCCUUCCUUGUUAUUAAUGGAGAAUGGAGUGGAGUUAUGGAAGCUAAAUAUAGCGAUGGUCAAACAGAAAUAUUUGCAAACGUCACUGAAAUUCCAGUAGAUAAAAAAAUAGUAAAACCAAUAAGUGAACAAGAAGACAAUGAAUCAAGAAAAGUGUGGAGAGAAGUAACAGUCGGCUUAAAAAUUAAUGACAUGGAUAAAGCAACUGCUGCAAAAUGUCUUAUCGAACAAAAACAACGAGAAGAAGCUCGAAUUCGUAAAGAAGCAAACCUCACAUGGGAAACUAAAUUCUUUAAAGAAAUUAAGGAUGGUGGAUGGAUGUAUCACGCACCACUUGUUACUAGAUUAACAAAUACAACAAAUUUAGUGCAAUAAUUGAUUUUUAGUAAUUCAUUAAACAUAAUGAAUACUAUUGGAUGAUUGAAAAUGAUCUAUUGUUGUCAAAGAAUAAAAUGAUCAUAAAUGCAUAUUUUUUAGCCGUUAUACCACGAAGAACAAACGUCAAUGUAUGAAAAUAUUACUAAUAUUUAUUAUCGUUAUAAUUUCAAACAUUGUUAUUAAUCGAAAUAGCAAAAAUUGCAUGAUUUUAACGAAAAAUAGAAGUGCACCUUUAUGGAAAUUCAAUGUAUUUCCUGAAAACAAAAUGAUGAUAUUAGUAAUUUCGUCUAAUUAUACAAAUGGUCUUAAAUAAUUUAACAAUUGAAAACAACUAAAGUAAAGUAGUAUCAAAGUCCAAAAAAAAACAAAAUUAUUAUGGUAAAAUGUUAUUUUUUUCUCUUACAUUAUAUAACUGAUACAAUAUUCACCUAUAAAUCGAUGCAUCGGUGGUAUUCGCUUCGAUGACGAUACGAGAUAUUCUAUUCCAGCAAUAAUACAUUUCAAACUAAUUUGGCACAUAACUAAAUUUUCACUAUUUACAUUCUCUAACUCAAUUUUAGGACAGUUAAACAAAACUUUUGUAAUUUUUUGUUCUUUCAAAUUUACUCCCUUUACUUCGUCAAUUACUGAGUCCGUAAGAAGACUAAGAUUUUUCUCAAGAACUUUUAGUAAUAAAUAUUUAGAUUGAUUUUGCUCAUUUGUAAAAAAGCAAAUCUCUUUCUGUUUAUCGUCAUUAUUGACUAAGAAAUAUUUGAGAGCUAAUUGAAAAUCUGUUAAAGGAGUAUUUACAUCAACUUUAAAAUCGGAAGAUGAAUGUACUUGAUAUUCUAUACAAUGACACCAAAUUUUAAACGAAGUGUCAUCAUUAGAUACACCAAUAAUUGACAAACAUCUAUUACAUAAUAUAUCUGUUUUAUUGAUUUUUAAAUUUGUAAAUAUAUUUUUAUUUAAAAUAUAAAAGUGAGAUCCAUAAUAAAAAUCUUGUUGUGUUGGACUUAACAAUGCCUUAUAAUCGAUUUUAUUACUAUGUGAACAACAAAACCACUCGCAUGGAUCACACUCGUCACUUGGUAGUGGUAGGACUUUUAAAAAUGAUAUAGUACUAUUAGAUAAAAUAUUUUUACAACAGCUGCACAUUAAUGAAAUAUUUGUAUUCUUUGGUGGUACUUUAUUUAACUUGGAUGUAUCCUUGAAAUCAUUUUUAAUCUCUUCUGUGUUAAUAAACUCACAAGUAAAUGUUCCA